AUGAAAUUGGGCACAAUAAAUCGCACCUUCAUCGAUCACCUUCUAAAGAACAGGAUUGGUUUGCUAGUUUCCUGCAAGACACCCUGGUUUGCUUCUCAUAGUACUAACAUUAGACAUUCACAUUGGUGUGGAACAACAUGUCAGGAUUUAUCAGUGUCUACAUCUGUAGGAGUAUUAACAUCAGGGGCAUUGUUUCAGAGCAGAAUUAACACAACAGAGUUUGCCAGAUACAGUUUAUUUGCCUUGCUCUCUCGAAAUAUUCACAGUUGCAGACAGUUGUCUAGAUCAAAUUUUGUGCCAGCAUCAUUGGACAGAUCUUUUGGUAUUACAAACACAUCAUUUCACAUAUUAGAUGUACGAAAAUAUGACGCUGGAAGUUACAGUGCAAAAAGAUACGUUGGCAAAAGUAGCCGCAACCAAGAUGAUGAUUUCAGCAGCGAAAGUAUAAAUAUUACCAGCACAAAGUAUCGACUCCAGGAUCGGACAAGGUUGUUAAUUAAAGGCAGAGUUUCCAGGCUCCAGAGCAGUUUACUGAGUCAGAAAGCUACGCUGAGAGAAAAGAUUAGAACCCACAGAAUCAGGGGAGUCCAAGCCGUCAGACAUCUUGGCAAAAAACUUCAGGUUCCGAGAGAAGAUAUUAGGACUAUCCCAAACUUGCUGACGACCUUGCGUAUGGCGUCUGCUCCAGUGCUGGCUUACCUUGUGGUGAAUGAGUCUUUCGGUCUGGCGUGCGGUUUAUUUAUAGCUGCUAGCAUUACUGACAUGCUUGAUGGUUACAUUGCCAGAAAUUUCAAAAACCAGACAACUGCGCUGGGCAUGGCAUUAGACCCCCUAGCCGACAAGUUGCUGGUCAGCUUUCUCACCAUCUCCCUGACCUCUGUUGGUCUGAUACCAGUGCCAAUGACAGCUUUGAUUAUGAGUCGAGAUGUUGUGCUUAUUGCUGGCUCCUUCUACCUCCGCUACGUGACCCUGUCACCUCCAAAAACUCUGUCAAGAUAUUUCGAUGUGUCCCAUGUUACUGUCAAACUACACCCUUCAAGGAUCAGCAAGGUGAACACAUUUCUACAGCUGACAUUUGUAGCCUCUUCUCUGGUAUCACCAGUGUUUGGUUUUGUUGAUCACCCACUGCUGCAGACUCUGAUGUAUCUGACAGCCACAACAACAGUGUUGUCUGGAGCGGACUAUAUGUUGACGUGGAGGCAGAGAGUGCAGAUUAUCAAGAACAAGUAG